CCUGCUUAUAUGGUUUAUAAUGGCCUACUUGAAAUAGAUUCAGUCUUUGGUGCCCGAUCUCACGACUUCAUUCCUCAAAGUCAUUAAAACUGAAAAGAUAUACCCGUUGAUCAUGAGGGCGGAAGCGAUGGUGGCGCUGCGAAAGAUGCUGCAAGGAGCAGGACGGGGAUCGACAGAUCAGACCAAUAAAGAAGUCCUGAAGACGCUCAAAGUAACCAUCCUGGAUAAAGCACUCAUCAUGCGCUCAUCUUCAGCGGAGUGUCUUACGGCCCUGGUCAAGCACGCCUCAAUCACAUUCACCAGAAGCGAGUUGGAGGCGUCGAUCGCAUUGUUUUUCAAAGCCAUGGACGAUUCAACCUACGCUAUUCGAAAAUCUGUCGCAACCCUGGUCGCCACAUUACUCUAUUCAAAGUUUCAGGGCGAAGAGAAUCUGUCAAUGGCUAGCACUCAGUCGCCUCCACCAAGCACUGGCAAGCAGGCUGUAGGGACUGAAGCCUUCACGCUGGACGUGAAUGAGCUCUUGACUCAUCUCUCCAGCGCUUACAACAAACCCAACACGAGCCGCGAAGUGCGUGCAGGGUUAUCAGAAACAUAUGCGGCGCUCUUCAUCAUGCUGGGGCCAUCCAUCGUGGAGAGGCAUUACGGAACGAUUUUGAGGCAUUUGUUGACAGAGCUGGUGUCGAACCUAAAGAACACAGGAUCACGGUUCGAGAUCCUGACGGUGCGGGAGCAUGUCGAAUAUCUCCUUCGAGGAGUGAUCGGUGCGCGGUUGCUGAGCGAGUCAGGACAAAUUGCUUCCAUCCGGGAGCUAGUCGGGAGCUGGCUUAAGUCUUGGCCUGCUGUCAUGCCAGGAGACAUUGAACCGUCUGAAUAUGCACUAAUCAGUGCUUUGAACGAAACCUCGGCAUUACUGCUCGACCUCGGAGGCGCUGCCAGCUCUGUCCAGGAUAUUCUCAUGUCAUCUCUCACCAAUUUGGUGUCGCAUCCAUCUCGGGCGGUCCAAAUUGCAACGGCUUGGUGCCUGCGAUGCCUUUGCAUCUCACUCCCAACUAACCUCGCCAAACUCAUUCAGACACUCAGCGCCAAGUUGUCAACAGAUCUCGGAACACUCAACAAUAAUGGGGCUAAUUUCCAGGACAUUGCGACUCGUUCGUAUGGACUGUCGUACGCGAUUGGAGGAUUGAUUACGGUCAUCUCCGUCCACCCACUCUAUGUUUCGUUCGAAAUGAGCGCACGGAUCUUUUCAAUGGCGGCACAGCUAGUUAAGAACAGCGCCAGCAAGGAAAUCCGCGUCGCGGCAGCUCAAAUCCAGAUCGCUUGGGUCCUCAUUGGAGCAUUGAUGUGUCUUGGCCCUAACUUUGUCAAAAUGCAUCUGCCUCAGCUUCUACUUCUCUGGAGGACUACGCUACCCAAGUUCACAAGCAAGGAUGCCAGCAGCACGACACGGACAGAGUUGGAUUGGGCAUUCAUGGUCCAUAUCCGCGAAUGCGCACUCGGAUCAAUAGCAAGUUUCCUGCUCCAUAAUAGCGACAAACUUGUAACGGUGGAUGUCUCGAAACGCAUUGCUGCCUUGCUUUCAAACACAUUGGCGUUUGCGGCCGUCGUACCAACUUCCUUCCCUCAGCAGCCCUCGACAGCAGGAAACAAGCUUCAACAGCACGAACUGCUGAACAUUAAACCAUCAGAUCGGGAUGAUGCACUCAGAAAACGGAUCUUUGAGUGCUUUGUGGCAAUGCGACACAUUUCUGCCUUUGAGAUGUACCAUCCCGUGCUGAUUAAGGCGGCACUUGAUGUUUUCUCAGAUCCCGACAGAACAUCCGGUACGGCUGUGACAAAUGCGAUCUCGGCAGCGACAUUUACCUCAGUUUGGGCAGUCGAUGAUGGGUAUGGUUAUGGAGUCACUGGCAAAAUUCAAGGGCUGCGUUGCGACGUCGCAGCGAGAACCAGCGGUCGACAGGAGGAAAUUCUGGAUGGGAAGGAUUAUGAUAGCGCCACUAGAACCACAGAGACACUUCUCAAAAAACCGAUUCUAGGAGCACCUGAGCAUGAGCCGAUGGUCGUUUAUACCACCUAUGCGCUUCCCAGUUCAGUAUCGCGCUAUUCGCUGCCAAAGCCGAGACCUAUCGCCACUGGUGUCAUAGAUGCAGCGAUCGAGCUCUUUGCCAUUCUGCUUCCACUGCAAUCCUCUGCCUUGCAAGGAUCGCUUAUGGACGAUCUAUCAAAAAUGCUUAAGAGCUCGACUCUGGACAAGAAUCCUGGCCGAAAGAUGGCCAUCCAAGUGAACGCCGUUGUGGCUAUUUUGGGUGCGACAAAGUAUGCUAUGGCGGAGGGUAAGAGGCAUGAACAACAUGCCUUUGAAGGACCCCUCGCCUCAUCUCUGUCCCAGUCCAUCCUACGGGACUCAAUAGUGCACUCGGAUCCAUAUAUUCGCUUUGUUGCUUGCGAGGCUUUGGGUGGUUUGACAAGUAUUCUCGGCAGCUUAACCAUCACCAACCAGAUCAAGUACCUCAUGGACCAAGUCGUCGCCAACAGAGACCCUGAUGCCCGCGCAGGAUACGCACUUGCGCUCGGAAACGUCUUUUCGCAUCUUGGCGGUAUGAUGGCUGGUGGACAUUUGCGAUCGGUCGUUGAAUACCUGACUUCGCUGAGCCGAGAUCCUCAUCCCAUUGUCCACAAGUGGUCUCUGCACUCCUUGGCCUUGACUAUCUCGAGUGCAGGACUGAUGUUCAGUCCUUAUGUCUCCAGUACGCUGACAAACGUAGCUACCGUGUAUCUGGCCGAGUCGCAUGAGCCCGCCGGAGCUGGAUCAGUUGCCACCGCCAAUAUUGCGAUGCAGUCAGAGCUGUCGGUGUACCAUGAAAUGGGCAGAAUUAUUUACGGACUUAUCGGUAUCCUUGGGCCAGAACUACAAUCUUCCGCAAAAGUGCGCGAGCUCUGCGUGAGUCUGGUGGAGGAGUUGCGAAACGAGGACGAUGAAUUCGUGAUCGUACAGGGUAUCCGGUGCACGCAGCAUUUGAUCAUGUUUGCGCCGCUGUUGGUGGAUAUGUCGACGCUGGUUCCUUUCUUGCAGGCCCGCCUACGUCGUAGCACUGGACUGAGUCUGAAGAAGGCGGCCAUGACCUGCAUGUAUCAGCUGGUCCAGCGGGAUGUCAAGUCUGUGUUCCAACACUCGAUGGGUGGUCUAGAUGACCAGUUCUUCAAGCUGCUCGACACUGACCCGACUCUGCAGGAUGUCAAGGAUGUGGUCAGGAGUUGGAUCACUCAAACAGCGCUGGAACAACCAAGCCAAUGGAUCGAUAUUUGCAGAAAGGUGCUCUCACGAACAGCCAUUGACGAGGGACAGGAGUCCGGCGAUGGCAUGCCAGCAAACAGUGCGUCUGAUAUUCACCAGGAUGGGGGAGGGGGCGAAGACGCUAUCGACGACGAUGAUGACGGCGAGGACAUGUUUGACAAUGUGUCGAAAUCAGCCAAGAAGGCAGUGCAGCCUGCGCCUGUCGCUCAACAGGCAGCUGCAGAACCAUUGCCAGCGGCUGCUCCCGAGCGAUCUGUCAAGGCGGCACCUGCUUUGCCGCCGCGGUGGAGAACUCGUAUCUUUGCACUGGAGUGCAUUCGACAGGUGAUUGAUGUGGUUGCCAAUAGUGGAAUUGCAGAUCAUUUUGAUCUUGCGGUCGCGCGCCGAAAAAAGAAAAACUUUGGAGCGGAUUUCUUGGUCCUUAAGGUGGCAGACCUGAUCAAGAUGACUGUGUAUGCAGCCUCGACACCCAUUCAGGAAAUCAGGAUGGAGGGUUUGUUGUUGUUGAGACAGACGAUUGAGCGAUUCAAGUCGACGGCAGAUCCAGAGGUACCAGACAGUGUGCUCUUGGAGCAGUACCAGGCCCAGAUUGGUGCAGCGCUGACACCUGCGUUCACGGCAGAGAGUACCCCGGAGGUGGUAUCAUUGGGUGUGAAGGUCUGUGCGGUCUAUGUUGGUAGUGGAAUCAUUCAGGAAGUGGAUCGCUUUGGUCGUGUUCUAAAGCUCCUGAUCGGUGCGCUCGAAAAGUGCAAGGAGGAUAAGCGGUUGACGGCAGUCGGGGAUGUCACGGACCUGACUCCACAUGCGUCCCAGAUGAUCAAAUGGGCAGUGCUAAACGCGUGGGCGGAGCUGCAGGUUGCGAGUGUACAUCGACAGUACUUGGUCGCUGUCUUGAAGCCCAACCUGGAAGAGCUGUGCAAGCUGUGGGCCAAUGCACUGGAGGAGUAUGCGAGAUCGAGAGUCGAAUCUGAGGCUGCGCUUGCGGGAUCUGUAUCUACGACCGGAAACACUGGUUCUACGGGGCUCUUUGAUGCCAACUACACUGAUUCUGGACGGGAUACCGAGAAGAAUUUUGAUCAAUCUUCGACGCUUAAGAUUCUGGGAGCUGUGUCAUCGCUCGUGGAUGAGAAGAACGAGUACAUGAUCCAAGCAUUGAUGAGGAUCACCAGGCCAGAGGCCAUUUUACCCACAGAGGACACUACCAAGAUGGCAACAAUCAAGGACGAGACCAAGAAUGACGGCGUUUCGGGCAUUACACCCACUUCCAUGUCGGGUGCUGACAACAAUGUGGCUGUAGAGUCAGCAUCGGAACCAGCAGUGCGCAAGUCGAAGCCUUUGAGACUAAUCCAUGUCAUUUUCGGACUUUGCCUCGAAAUCUUGGCGAAGACUUCGUCUGCCGGGUCGUCGUUCAGUCAAUCUCAGGCCAACUUGAAUGUGGCGGCGAAUGAUAGCGCCCUUCAGGGAUGUCUCUGCGCAUUACAUUCUAUCUUGAAUCCGUUGUAUAUCAACGAGGAGUUCUUGAGCAAGGUGUUCUUGGAGAUGAUGACCAUUCUUGAGCGAGUCGCCUGGAUGGAGGGUAGUCGUGUUCAAGGCCUGGUGGUAGGCGUUAUCUCGACAGUGAUUUGGGGAUAUGGUAAGGAACUGCUUUUUGUGGAGGAGAAGGAAGGAGAGGAGGGGACAUUGAUCUCAACUGUGAUAGACCCUGAGCUGGUCAAUUCACCGGCUCUUUCGGCUUCUUCAGGACCUGAGGACGCUGUCGAGUCGGCUAGUAGCGAAGAGUUGAAUGUAUCAGUGAUGUCCACACUUCCAGAAAGCCGACUUCGAUCGAUUGUUCAGCUACUUGUGGAGCUAUACAUCCAAAAGUGUGUGGGCUCGAACGUCAAGUCCGCCAAGACCAAGAGCGUGGGUGGACGAGCGAGCCAGAAAACUACGCCGGAAACGAUCGAAUUGUUGAGCAGGGUGACGGAGAUGCUCGCGGUUUUGGUCAAGGUGGCCCCACCAAAGUAUCAGUUGCACCUGGCGGCCGUUACGCUUAAUGUCCUCAUUGGCGUGUUGCGUGAUCCUGUCUUCCAGACGGAGCUAGGACCACAUGUGCUUGUGAAUAUUCGGUCGGUAAUGGAUUCAUUGAACAAGAAUAGUGUAGUGCUCGAUCCAAAAUUCCUAGAGCUUAUCCUCAAUGGCGCGUUAGGUGCGUUAUUGAAGAAGCAGGCGGCAUUUGCGCCUGGAAAGGCCGUUUCGGUGACAAUGACGGAGUCGGAUAGCAUGGGAUUCAGCCUGGGUGACGAAGGUCUGACGACGGCAAAGGGAAGGGAGGAAGUGGAGAUGGAUUCUGAUAUGGAUGUGUCACCGGUGGAGAUUACGGAAUGGUGUAAUGGACUGUUGGGGAUGAUGCUGAUCCUAACGAGCUGUACGGGAGUCCGGAUCCGGAGGACGUUCCUGGAGCAGUUUGAGAGACUUGUGAUGAGCAGCAUCGAGAGUAACAUUGGCAAGAUCGUCACGGUUGGAUACCAGUGCCUGAAAGGUGUCAUUCUGAUCGAAAGCGCGUCUGCAGCAACAACGUCGACAGUAGGAGCGAAGACAGCAGAGGCUGGGCGGAUGCGUGCACGUCAGUUUAUGAGGAAGUUAAUUCCAUUUGUGGUAACGACGAUAGUUGUGAAGGCGGCACAAGAGUCUGCGACCACGAAGGACGACAAGGUUGGGAUGCAAAUCAUUGAAGAGGGCAUUCAGACGUUGAAUAGCCUUGCAGCUGCAUCGACAGAGGUAGCACGACCAGGAAUGGUGUCGGUCAUCAUGUCGACAGUUGUGCCCUUGCUCCAACCUGUGAACGCGUCAUCCCUGUCAUCUUCUGUAUCAUCGAAAGCGAUGGCGGUUCAUACACUGGCGUUGAAUAAUCUGCUUGGAUUGGGUACGCAGUUUCCACAAGAAUUCCGACAAGGAUUAGGAGCACUUUCGAUGGAGCGUCGGACGCGGUUGGAGAAUGCGAUUCGGCAGAGUGUGCUACAGCAGCAGGAGCAACAGCAGCGGCAGCAAGAAAGAGAGCAGCGUGAGCAGGAACGACUGGCGAGGGAGAGGGAUCGAGUGAAGAUUGAGCUGAAGAGUAGUUUUGCGGGGUUCAUGUAGUGUGGUUGGAUUGCUGACCAAGAAAGCGUACCAAAGCAGCAUGCAUAUUAAAGCAUACCGAGGCCAACAAAUA